UUCCACAGUUAUUUCAUCACUUACAUAAUGCAAUUUGGAUAGCUUUCACUAAGAUCUUUAUAUUCGAGUUGUUGUCAAGUUGUUCAAAUAAAAACAUAUAUACUAUCGUUCUUCUAAAAAAAAUCAAUAAAUUACAUAGCCGGCUUGUGGGGGUUAGGUGCCUGAAGUUUCCACUCAACAUUCAAGUAUUACGAGAAACUCAUCCAUUCCAAAUAAUAAAAGAAGUAGCUGGAAGAGGAGAAACUGAACAAUGCCUGCAGUACCAGGAAGUAUGUAUGGAGGGCAACAAGGUCCAUCCUGCUUUGACCGUAUGAAAAUGGGAGCAAUGAUCGGCUUCUGUGUCGGAAUGGCAUCAGGGGCUAUCUUUGGAGGCUUCACAGCAUUAAGAUAUGGUAUGAGAGGACGUGAACUGGUUAACAGUGCAGGAAAGGCCAUGUUACAAGCAGGUGGCACUUUUGGAACUUUUAUGGCUAUUGGAACUGGCAUCAGAUGUUAGCAUAGGAAAUGUAUAAUAAUAUGUGAACUUUCAAGUUGAAUUAGAAUUAUUGAUUUGUUUUCUUACAAUUAAAAAUCCAGAAACAAA